GUUGUCAGUUGUCAGUGUGAAUUGUGAAACUCAAUGUCAGUGCCGAACCGAACAACCGAUUUUAUUUAGAAGUUAACCCGAAAGAUUGAAAUAAGUGCUUAAUAGUUUGCUAACGUUAAGUUGUACCCUUUAAAACCUCCCGGUAUUUAACUUGCAAGCUGUGCGUCAAAUUAUCUAAGUUUCCAUUGAAAAAGGCAUGCCAUUGCCUCCACUGCAGCUACCACUAAGGAUGUACCAAGGAAAUGCUGUUGAACCGAUGCAAGUUGAUGCUCCUAUGGAAGAUAAUGACAAUACAGAGGAGGACCCAUACUUGGUGGAAAACCCAACUUUGGAUCUGGAGGCGUACACUAACAGCUAUACAGGGUUGGCAAGAUUGUACCGUCUGAUGUACAUUGCUGAUCAUUGUCCACCAUUGAGGGUAGAAGCUCUGAAAAUGGCCAUCAACUACGUAAUGCAGACGUACAACGUAAACCUUUACCAACAACUGCACAAGAAACUGCAGGAAGCUAUACAGGGGAUGUCUUUGCCUGACGUAGCCGGAGGAGGGCUCCAAGACAUCCCAACCCCAGAUCUGGGGUGGAUUGAGUCGAAAAACAAGAAAGGCGCGAUGAAACUGGAGAAAUUAGACACAGAUUUGAAAAACUACAGAAGCAACUCUAUCAAGGAGAGCAUCCGGAGAGGAAAUGACGAUUUGGGAGAUCACCACCUCGACUGUGGAGACCUCAGUAACGCCCUCAAGUGCUACUCUCGCGCAAGAGACUACUGUACGAGCGGCAGACAUGUGGUGAACAUGUGUCUCAACGUGAUAAAGGUUAGUGUUUACCUUCAAAACUGGUCUCACGUCCUGAGCUACGUCAACAAAGCCGAAUCCACACCAGAUUUCAUUGAGGGUGGGGCCAAGGAGAGUAACCAGGCUAUCCUUACAAGGCUAAAGUGUGCGGCUGGGCUGGCUGAGCUAGCCACCAGCAAGUACAAGACAGCAGCCAAACACUUCCUACAAGCCAGUCUGGACCAUUGUGACUUCCCUGAGUUGCUCAGUCCUAGCAAUGUGGCUGUUUACGGGGGCCUCUGUGCACUCGCCACCUUCGACCGACAAGAACUGCAGAAGAAUGUCAUCUUUAGCAGCUCGUUUAAGUUAUUUUUAGAAUUAGAGCCUCAACUUCGUGAUAUUAUUUUCAAGUUUUACGAGUCCAAAUAUGCAUCCUGUUUAAAGCUUCUAGAUGAAAUCAAGGACAACCUGUAUCUAGAUAUGUACCUAGCGCCACACGUUAACACUUUAUAUACUCAGAUACGCAACAGAGCUCUCAUACAAUACUUUAGCCCGUACUUGUCUGCGGACAUGAGGAAAAUGGCUGAAGCUUUGAACACCUCUGUGGGAGCUCUAGAGGAUGAACUAAUGCAGCUGAUAUUGGACGGGCAAAUCCAGGCUCGGAUAGACUCACACAACAAGAUUCUUUAUGCCAAAGACAUGGACCAGCGCAGCACAACCUUUGAAAAGUCACUGGCAGUCGGCCGGGAAUAUCAGAGACAAACGAGGAUGCUAAUCCUGCGAGCGGCAAUGCUUAGGCAUCAGAUCCAUGUUAAGAGCCCACUGAGAGAAAACAGUCAAGGAGGUGAGAUGUCCGUCGCCCCGGGCAACAGCAGUCUCGCUCCUCGGUCAUGAAAUGUCCCCUAAUGUGUCGUCCCAUUAUUGUUUAUUGAUUGCUACCCCAUAAAGUAAUGUACUUUAAAA